GGAAGCCACCGCGAGAACGCCCACUUCACUCUCUUGGACUUGGAAGCCACUACUUUGUGUUGCUUGGCGUGGGGGCAAUGAUGUCAACAAGCCAGAGCUGUAUGACGAAAGUCCAGAUCAAUACGUGAUGCCUUGGUGCAGUUCACACAGCUGUCAAAUGUGUCCAUCGACUGCCGGUGCUCAAAGGACAAAAGGCAGGUAAACAUAUUCCGCAGCUAUGCCAGUACUUUAUUAGCAGUCUCACCAAAACAACAUACGUUUGCCUCUUCCAUAUCCUUUGAUUUGCUCUGCUGCAGUGCUCCCAUCAUUAGUCACAGAAUCAUCAGCAGCACACCACUCUAUCCGUACAGGAAGCCCGGAAGGACUAGAUUACGUACGUAAAUGGGGUUGCCACAGAACCGCCUUGUGAGCAACCGCCGGCUGCUGGGCACAUCAGCCUCGCCGCCGGCUGUUGGCCCAAGUCCGUCCAGUCCGGACGGGAUGAAGAUCAUGUUGGCAGUUCUGGUGGUGGUCAUCUUCUGCACGCUAUUCUACUGCGUCUACUGCUGGCGCUGGCGGAAGCGCAACGCCGCCGUCAGGAGAACGCAGAACGAGAUCCUGAGAACCAUCUCAAGCUCGGACUUGCCGCUCAUGGACCUCGCCUUGAUCCACGACGCCACCACCAACUUCUCCGAUGCCAACAAGCUCGGCGAAGGCGGCUUCGGCCCGGUCUACAGAGGCGUGCUGCCAAGCGGUACCGAGAUUGCGGUGAAGCGCCUGUCCACGCGGUCGCGGCAAGGCACGAUAGAGUUUGAGAACGAGGUAGAGCUGAUUGCAAAACUGCAGCACCGCAACUUGGUGCGGCUCAUGGGCUGGUGCUCCCAACACGACGAGAAGCUGCUGGUGUACGAAUACUUGCCCAACCGUAGCCUCGACGCCUUCCUCUUCGACACGAGCAAGAGCGCGCAGCUGGAUUGGAACACUCGGCACAACAUCAUCUUGGGCGUUGCCCGUGGGCUGCUCUACCUCCACGAGGACUCGUUGCUCAAGGUUGUCCACCGGGACCUCAAGGCUAGCAACGUGCUCCUUGACAACAAGAUGAACCCAAAGAUCUCCGACUUCGGGCUUGCCAGGAUCUUCCGGGACGGGUGCAAUAGGGUCAACACGGGACGUGUCGUCGGAACCUACGGAUACAUGGCGCCGGAGUUCGUCAUGGAUGGCGUCUUCUCUGUGAAGUCAGACGUAUUUGGCUUCGGCGUCCUCCUGCUAGAGAUCCUGAGCGGGCAGCGGAACGGCAUAUCGUACCUUGAGGAGCACCAGCAAUCCCUCAUCCAAGAUGCAUGGAAGUUGUGGACUGAUGGUCGGGCCAAGGAGAUCAUGGACCCGACGCUUGGGGAAUCCUACUCAAGGGAGGAAGCAUGGGGUUGCUUCCAAGUCGGCCUCCUCUGCGUGCAAGACGACCCCGACAUUCGGCCGACCAUGUCCAAUGUCAUGCUCAUGCUGAUCGGUGAUCACACGAGCUUUCCUACGCCAUGCAAGCCACUGAGGAACGUCCCGAUGUCAGCGCCAUCAUCUGCGCGGAAGAGCGAGUCGUCGCUGUCGCUCAAGUCGCUCAACUAUGCCUCCAUCACUGCCGUCCAGCCACGAUGAGGGUUGCUGCUAGAUGUGCUUUAUGGUCUACAUUGAUUUAGAUCCAUGUGAUGCAAGUCGAUUUCUACAAUUGUACACUCUAAAUGUGUCGUAGGGGUUCUUUUUAUUUAUUUAUUUAAAAAAUAGGCUUAAAAAACCAAAAUCAUUAUCUAGAAGUGUUCUUUUCGACUUACAUAUAUACUUAUAUCUGCGUAAUCAAUAUGGGGCACAUUGCGGAGUAGUUCCGCCCAUAAAA